GCAGUUUGUACUUGUGACUUACACGUGUAGAGCUGUUGAGCGAUGGCGUCAGUGCAGGUUGCAGUUAGAGUCCGACCGUUGAAUGAGAGGGAGAAGGACUUAUGUGCUAAGAACAUAAUUCAAAUGGAUGAAAACAAAACUUCCAUUUCUAACAUAAAGGACAUUCCCCAAAAUGUGUUUGGAGAAUCACAGAGGGAGACAGUGAAAACUUUCACUUUUGAUUUCUCAUAUGACUCGUCUGAUGCCAAAAGCCCUUGUUUUGCAUCGCAAGAGAAGGUGUUCACAGACCUGGGCUUUGAGGUCUUGAGAGCUGCCUAUGAGGGUUAUAAUGCAUGCGUGUGUGCCUACGGCCAGACGGGCUCAGGGAAGUCCUACACCAUGAUGGGAAAUCCUAGCGACGUUGGUUUGACACCACGGAUCUGUGAGGGGUUGUUCCAGCACAUUGCAUCGACCUCACAGAGAGACGGAGUGUCUUUUCACACAGUGGUCAGCUACCUGGAAAUCUAUAAUGAGCGUGUGCGGGACCUCUUACGGAGCAGGUCCUCAGAGGGCUGUAAUCUGAGAGUACGAGAGCAUCCCAGGGACGGUCCAUAUGUGGAGGCUCUGUCAAAGCAUCAGGUGCAGAGCUACAGACAAGUGGAACAGCUUUUGGAGCGAGGCAACGAGAGACGCAGCACGGCCAGCACGGGCAUGAACCAAACCAGCAGCCGAUCUCACGCCAUCUUCACCAUCAGCUUCACCCAGGCCAGGUUUGAUGCAGAGAUGCCCUGUGAAAUGGUCAGCAAGAUCCACCUGGUAGAUUUGGCUGGCAGCGAGCGAGCGGAUGCCACCCGCGCCACAGGCGCUAGGCUAACGGAGGGCGCAAACAUCAACAGGUCCCUGGUCACGUUGGGGAAUGUUAUUUCCACUCUGGCUGAUACCUCUGUGAAUGGAGGCUCAAAGAAGAGGCAGGGGUUUGUUCCCUACAGAGAUUCUGUACUCACCUGGUUGCUGAAGGACAGUCUGGGAGGAAACUCCAAGACUAUCAUGAUUGCGACCAUCUCUCCAGCUGAUGUGAACUACAGUGAGACUCUGAGUACACUGCGCUACGCUAACAGAGCGAAAAACAUUGUGAAUAAGCCCACGGUGAAUGAAGACAGCAAUGUGAGGCUGAUCAGAGAGCUGAGGGCAGAGAUCGCUAAGCUGAGAGCACUGCUAGCUCAAGGGAAACAGUUCCCCUUGGUGGACAAGUCCUCAGAAAACAGUGUGGAGGAACAACUUCAGCAAAAUGAAGCCAAAGUUCUGGAGCUGACGAAGGAGUGGACCAGCAGAUGGCCUGAGACCCAGAACAUUCUGAGGGAGGAGACUGUAGCUUUGAGGAAAGAAGGUAGCGGUGUAGUCUUGGACUCUGAUUUGCCUCAUUUGAUUGGCAUAGAUGACGACCUCCUCAGUACUGGAGUUUUAUUUUACUAUUUAAAAGAGGGCAGGACAUUGGUUUGUGGAGGGCAGGAUGAGUCUGGGACUGGACAGGACAUGGUCCUAAACGGUCUACAGAGUGAACAUUGUGUGUUUGAGAACCAGAGAGGAACAGUGACGCUGGCACCUCACGCAGGGGCCCAAUGGUUUGUUAACGGGAUGGACGUGAAUACACCACGCCAUCUAAACCAAGGGGACAUAGUGCAGCUUGGAAAAGGGACCAGGUUCCGCUUCAACAACCCAAAAGAGGCUGCCAGACUCAGAGAGAAAAGAAAGAGUGGCCUUUUCUCCACAACAAACUUGUCAGAGACAGAUCUCUCAAAGUGCUCGGAAAAUGUCUUCAAAGUGACGCACAGCAAUUUGGGUGGUACGAAUAAAGAGAUGAAGCAGAGUGAAGAAAAGGAGCUUAACCAGCAGGAAGUACAGUGGGAGGUACAGCUUCAGCAGAGGGAGGUGCUGGAGAGCAUCUGGAGGCAGAAGGAAGAGAAGUCAGUGGCAUUGAGACAUCUGCACGUGGAGGGAGAGGAUUCUGAGGUGGGGAGUCAGAGAAAGGAGAGAGCAGGAGAAAGAAACAAUGAAGGGGAAGUUCUUGGUCACAGACAGAUACAGCAGGAGGAGACCCAGCAGGAGCAAAAAGACCAGGAGAAGCCCCAGGCUGUGAAUCAAGACACAGGGGACGUGCUAAUGGAGAGUUACAACAAUGAGCAAAGGAUUUCUGUGCUGGAUAAGACGGAGGGACCGACUCCACCAAGAAUCUGUGAAUCUUCCCUGUCUCUUCCAGCAGUGACGACAGUAUCCUCUCCUGCUCUGCCUGCCUUCGCCACACAACCCUCAAACUUCGAUGCUCCCAGUAUUCAUCCAGGAAAAGGCCUGUCAGAGGAACCAGAGCUCCACCAUGCUGCUAACACCCAGAGCACAGGAGGAGAUGGAGACGGUGCUAACAACCCUGAGUGGGACACUUCUACCUGGGGGAGAGAAGUUGAGACAUCUCCUUGGGUGGAGGAGGAGUGGAUCUCAUCCUCUCAUAAAUCAGAAACUGAAUCUCUGUCAUUGGAUUUGACAAGAGGAAGGGAGCAAGCAGGGUUUGGGAGCAGGGCGGGGGGUGGCGGCAUGCUCCAGGUUGCUGAGGGAGCUAUGCUGCGGCUGGAGAGGGGCUCUAAUGAGAACACAGUCGUCUUGGCUGACGAGUCACUUGCUCUCCACCUCUCUGCCACCCACUCUGGAGGGAGCUCAUUAGCUGAGGAGCCGCAACUGAAGAUCUCAUGCCCUGCCUCAGGAGGAAGAGGAGAAAGAGGAAGAGGAGCUACAAUCACACCUGGACAGACUCUCCCAGAGCUCUCUGUACAGACCCGCAGCCAAUCACGCACGUGCAGUGUGGAGGACCAGCUUGCCCAGAGUCUGGAUUCUGGAGCAGCUGGGGCCAACACUGGCGCUGAGGCCCCGCAAAAUGCGGACAAGUUCAGUUCAGGCUUAGGGAACAUGUUGGGGAGGGUGUCCUGGAUGCUGAAGGAUGCAAGCCGUGUAUUGCGGAGUUCUCCAGAGGUUCUGCGGCAGGCAGGAGCUUGGGGUGGAGAAGGGUGGUAUAGUCAGGCGCGCUCUCUACUGAAGGACAUACCCUACCUACAGCACAUCCAGCUGCAGUUCACUGUAGGCCCCCCGGCAAGGCCUCUGCAAUCUACCACAAUCCAGCUCAGCCCCACUGAUCUGCCUUCGGUUCAAGACUCUUUGAAAGGGCCUCUUCCACCCGGAAACCACAGCAUCACUCAAAGCCCAGGUCACAGCUGUGGGUUAACUUGGACACAUGCUAAAGGAGGUGGUCUAAGGAGCUCUGACACUGUAGAAGGUAAGGGUUCAGUGGUCAUACAGGAGUGUGAAGGGUUGAGGGUUUUCUGCCAAAGGCUACAGCAACUCCCUGAAUCCCUGCUGCAGCUCCAAAGCUUACCUCCACACCGCCUGCUCUCCUGCCUGCAUAGCCUUAUCCCUGCCUCUGCUCUCAGUUCUCAGAGACUUCUCUCAAUUUACUGGCUAAGCGUUGCCAACAGUAGUUACCCAGAACCUCAACCGGCUACUGUACUUGUAUUUCAGUCAGAGCUCUAUAGUGUUACCUUUAAGCCUGAGACUGAUUCACCGAGCCCCACUCACUCUCUGUCCCUCUUCCACCAGCUGAAACUACUAGAGAUCAGUGAGAUCCACAUAGGCUUUGCUGGGCAGAGCAUUCGGCUCAUGGGCAACACAGAAGCUCAUAUCCUCACCCUUUACACCCACAAUUCAGGCCUUACACAGCAGAUAUGCCAGACACUUGUGGGAGCACUCUGUCCUCAGACAGAGAACAUGCUAGACCAUGCUCUACUAACUGGAGACUUAUCACAAAUGGCCCUUGAUUGGGCGUCUCAAAUACCAAACUUGCGCCUGUCCCCUGGUUUGCAGUUGACUUGUCAGUUCCAAAGGACGCUGGCCCAACUGGUGUGUCUCAUUCACGGAAAUAUGCUGGAAGAGAGGCCCCCAUUGGGUCAGGUUAGUCUGCUCCUUUAUACUUCUGUUGGGGUGCUCUCCACAAAAAACGCCUCUACAGAUCUCAUCAGCACAGACACCCACAGCACAGCCACUGGUUCAGAGACCCUGGCCCGACUGGUACUUACCGACACACAUCUGGGCCUGUUAGAGGAAGAUGCAGUGUUUUAUCCAAUUUCUCACUCUGUUGCUAUGGUACCUCAGAGGCCUCAAUUUCGGGUGCUGAAUUUACGGCCUCGCUCGUCUGUGCGCUGUGUUCUGGUAAGAGACGGACAGUCGGGUGCUGUAACCAGGCUGGACAUAGUGCUGUCAUCAAGACAACGGCCUCGACAGAGCAGGGGUGACCCUCAGCUCCCGUGGGCAUGUGACAGUGACAUGGCAAACAUCCAGUCUCUUUGCAGCUUUAAUUUAUCUCACCAGACUGAAGUGUGGAAAUUAACUUUCAGCAGCUCCGCCGAGGCCUCCUUUCUGAUUAAUAACUUGUCAAAUGUCUGAUCAAGGACUCGCCAGCAAAUAAUUAAGAGCCCAGCAAGAGGAAUCAGACACUGCGAUUGAAUUAAGGCUUGAGCACACCCAGGACACUACCGAAACUAUCUUCUCAAUUAAGAAUUGGAAAUAGGAAAUUAUAUUAUUACAACAA